GAUUAACUAUUUGUCUGUGCCCGUUAUCGACUUCUGGUAUCGUCGCGUUUUACUGAGAGUUAAAGAGUAUAUUAACCGGAAAUAUUAACAGUAAUAUGGAAGUGGAAAAAUUUGACGCGUUGUUGUUAGCAAUAGCCGAAAAGCACAAAGAUGGAAUUCCUCAGUUUUUAGAUACAAUAGCCAGCUUCUUGCGAAGAAAAACUGAUUUCUUUACUGGUGUUGUUCCAGAGAAAUGGGAAGGAUUGCUUUUGAAUGUUUUCCAUAAGCAAUAUGAUAAAGCAAUUGAACAAACCUCGGGGAAUGGAAACGAAGUUUUAUCGAAACAGGAUACUAAGAAGUCAAAAGAUGUUGCUUCGAUAGAAUUGAGGGAUGAGGAAAAAGAUCUUAAAGACGAGGUUUCAAAACCAAUAAAUCAUGUAGAUGAUGAAUCUGAGAAGGACGAAAUUGGCAAGCUCAAACCAAAUACUGGAAACGGUUGCACUCUAGAUAAUUAUUCUUGGACUCAAACUCUGCAAGAAGUUGAGGUGAAAAUUCCUCUGAAGACUUCGUCUAAUUUGAGGGCUAGAGAUAUUGAAGUCACUAUAGGAAAAUCUUCAAUUAAGGCUGGCAUAAAAAACCGGGAAUCCAUAAUAAACGGUAAACUUUGUGCAGAAGUGAAACAAGACGAUUCGGUUUGGGUGCUACAGGACAACAAUACGAUUCUUAUUACGCUAGAAAAGAUUAAUAAAAUGAAUUGGUGGGAUCGUUUGAUUUCAACAGAUCCACCUAUAUCAACACGUAAAAUUAAUCCAGAACCUUCAAAGCUGUCUGAUUUAGAUGGAGAAACACGAAGCUUGGUUGAGAAGAUGAUGUACGAUCAACGUCAAAAAGAAAUGGGGUUACCAACAAGUGAAGAGAGACGAAAGAUGGAAAUAUUAGAGAAGUUUAAAACGCAGCAUCCUGAAAUGGAUUUCUCUAACUGUAAAUUUAACUGAUGUCAAUAGCUCUUUUUUAUUUUUUGUACAUAUAUGCAUACAUAUUUUUUUGAAUAAAAGAAAUUGGUGCAAAGCA